GACCCUCGUCGGCCGCCGUCGUAGGGCGGACCCGGAAGACACCUGGGCGUUGGAGGCAUUCAUUGAGGAGAAGGCAGUCUGCCUCGAGAUGGAGUUCGACAGCGAGAGUCUGCGGAGGCAGCUGAGCAAGUACAAAUUCAGGGAUCUAACAGUGGAAGAAUUAACGAAAGUAAAUAUGUCCUAUCCAAAUUUCAGAUUCUCCAUGGACACUUAUGUUUUCAAAGACAAUUCUCAGAAAGAUCUAUUGAAUUUUACUGGCACUAUUCCUGUGAACUGUCAAGGUAAUACAUAUAAUAUACCGAUUCGUUUGUGGAUUUUGGAUUCUCACCCUUUUGCGCCCCCCAUAUGCUUCUUGAAGCCAACUCCAAACAUGGGAAUCUCAGUGGGAAAACAUGUGGAUGCCCAGGGCAGAAUAUAUCUGCCCUAUCUACAAAACUGGAGUCAUCCUAAAUCAGUCAUCACUGGGUUAAUCAGAGAAAUGAUUAUCAAGUUUCAGGAGGAGCUUCCUCUGUACUCCUUAUCUUCUGCCGAUGAGGCUCAGCAGGCAGAAUUGCUAGCCUAUAUUUCAAAGAUCACUCAAGGUAUCUCGGAUGUAAAUUCCAAAAAUCAAGAAAACAAAAGUGUCAGCAAAGUUACUGUGGUUGGAGGUGGAGAGUUGGGAAUUGCAUGUGUAUUAGCAAUUUUAGCAAAGGGUAUUACAGAUAAGGUGGUCCUUAUAGACUUCUCAGAAGGAACAAAAGGAGGAACAAUGGACAUGGAUAUUUUUGAGCUGCAAAAUGUGGAAAUCAGCAAAGACUUGUCUGCCUCUUGGAAUUCCAGAGUGGUGAUCAUCACAGUUAACUCCUUAGGUAAUUCUCAGACCUACCUCGAUGUGGUACAAAGCAAUGUGGACAUGUUCAGGGAGCUCAUCCCAGUGCUGGGACAUUACAGCCCACAGAGUGUCAUACUUGUUGCCUCUCAACCAGUUGAAAUCAUGACAUAUGCAGCAUGGAAACUGAGUGCCUUUCCUGAAAAUAGAGUGAUAGGAAUUGGAUGCAAUCUGGAUUCAAAGAGAUUCCAGUAUAUUCUUACAAAUAUUUUGAAAGCACAGAACUCAGGAAAGGAAGUGUGGAUUAUUGGUGAACAAGGUGAAGACAAAGUACCUAUGUGGGGUAGUCAGGAAGAAGCAGUGGCUCCCAGCUUCCAGGUGCAGCUGUCCAACAGAGCCAUGGAAAUAUUAAAAGUAAAAGGUCAAAGAUCCUGGUCUGUUGGUCUGUCUGUAUCCGACCUACUUGACAGUAUCAUAAACAAUAAGAGGAAAGUUCAUUCUGUAUCAGUUUUAGCAAAGGGGUAUUAUAACAUAAAUAAUGAAGUAUUUUUAAGCUUGCCUUGCAUCCUGGGAGACAAAGGUGUGUCUGAAGUCAUCAAAGCCUCAUCAAAGGAAGAUCUGGUGGCUGAGAAACUCCAGAGCAGUGCAUCAUCAAUUCAUAGUCUCCAAAACCAACUGAAACUGUAAAAAGAAUUUUCAUUUUUGUAGUUUUUGGCACUAAAGUAUAUUCCUUUUAUUCCUACGAUUUCCCAAUCCUUACACUGCUUUACUCAGUUUUUAUAAAGAAAGUACAUGCCAUUGUAGCAGCUUUUUUGAUUAUUUGAAUACAAAUUAAAAAGAAAAAUUAUAUCCUGGUACCCAUUGUUUCUCCUGUGAAAUCUAUGCUGUACUUUAAUCUUGGGGGCAGUGCAAACUAUUUGGACACUUUACUUUCAAAAUAUUUCAUUUUUAAAUAUGUAUCGUAACACACACAAAAUUAAUACUUGGGAAAUAUUUUGAAAAUGAUGUCAUUUUUUAGUUUAAAAGUAAAGUUUAACAAUCUAAGUGUGUCAUUUAAAAAAUCUUGUAUAACUUUACAGUUAUUAGAAUUGUACUAAGUUUCUACAGUUGAUUCAAGGAUUAUGCAACUUAUAAUAAUGAUCUGUUUUGCUAAUUAUUGAACAUGGUAUUAGUAAAACACUUCAUUCAAGUCAAACAUUUUGUAAGCAGUGACUGCUAUGUGCAUAGUCAUAUUCUUCCUUUAAUUGAAUUAACUACCAAAAAAGGAAAAAUAUUUGACAUACACUUUAGAAUAAUGAAAUUAAUUUUGCUGGUAUAUCUCAAGGAAAAGAAAUAACUGUUUUAGUUUUGUUGGCCAGAAGCAAUUUUAUUUAUUUUAACUUCAAUUUAAUAUCGAAGUGUUUCUAGCUUGAAGAGAAAAAUGUCCAAAAUGCCACAAUCUUCCCUGGUCCCUCCCCCUAUGCCCUUGGACAUGUCUCUACCUCAAAGCAAUUUGAUGUAAUAUUUAUGGGAAUGAAUAAGCAAAAUGUCAUUAAGUGUUAGAACUUUAUCAUUGCAGGUUAACUCUUGAAAAAAUAUUAAUAUUAUACUCUGUUUUAGGUCUGCCAGAAACAAUUUUAUUUUAUAUUAAUUUAAUAUAUCUAAGCAUUUUUACCUUAGAAAAUACAAUUUUGGGUUAACACUGUACUUCAACAAAUAGAGUAAACAAUCAUAUAAUAACUACUCAAUUCUUUCCUUCACUAAACUACUCAAUUCUUUCCUUCACUAGGCUAAUGUAAGAUUGGGAUUAUUAAUAUUUUAAAUAAAAUUGUUUCUGGGACUUG